ACGACAUUUAUUUUUCGGGAAUGUAUCGCGAUCAUCGUAUAUUGUCAGUGCGAAUGUCAACGAAAACAAAGCUGGGAAAAAUGUGCCGUAGUAAUGCGACGUUUAUCGUGCUCUCGUUAUUUCUGAUAUUCUUUUGCAAUACGACGUCAUCAGAAUGCGUGCAGGAGGCACCUUGCAUUUGCUCGUUGCCUGACGGCUAUUAUUACAAUUUGACCGCCUUCGCUGACGCAAAGUCAUUUUCAGUUAAAAAUGAUAAUUAUACAAUCUACUUUCAUCCAUGCACAAAUGUAAAUAUGACGAUAGAGAACAAGGCAAAUUGCUCUACGGAAAAUGUAUCAAUAUGUAUACUGCACAAUAAUGUAAAUAAAACGGUAUUAACUACUGGGACAGUAAAAGAAACAAGAAUGAAAUUAUCGGAUAAUGGCAAAUUUCCAUUUUUUGAAAUACAUCAUAAUGACACUAACAUUAUAAUAAACAUUGUAUGCUCUAUGGCAGACAAAGGAUUGAGUACUUUUGUACUUGUUUCUAUUACCGCUAAAACAUAUUAUUUUCAACUGGUUUCACCAUAUGGAUGUAAAUUACAACGAGAAAUGGGAUUAUCUACGGGUUCACUUUUAGUUAUUCUGUUCUUUGUCAGCGUUGGCGUAUAUUUCAUUGGUGGUAUUAUAGUGCUGAAAGCAUUGAGGGGAGCUACAGGCUGGGAGAUGGUGCCUAAUCACGAAUUCUGGUGCAAACUUCCGUCGCUAGUCAGAGAUGGCGUCGUCUUUGCCUUCAAUUGUUGUCGAGCGGACAGUUACGAGAGAAUAUAAUAUGUUUUUGUUAAACUGAUCUGAUUUCAUAUUUAUUAAGCGCCCAAAUUUUAUCGCAAUUUAGUGUAUUAUAAAUAGUCCAUUUGUAUUCCAAAUAUUUUUUCCGCCCCUAUUUCUGUUUGUAUUACUUUAAGAUUUUGUAUAUUUAACUCUUAACAGAGUUCAAAUAGUUAAGAAUAUCCGUCGUGUAAAUUAAUUUGAUAAAUUGUUUGCAUUCAGUUUACUUAUAUUUUACAUUCAACUUCGGUAUUUCUGUUGCUUUUGAUAUUUGUUUAUCAUGUUAAAGAGCACAGUGUAUAUACAUUGAAAGAUGUGAUAUCUCAUUACGCAAUGUCACGUGCCAAUGCUAUUUUUUUAUGAGAUAGACAUUUCAAUUUAAUUUGAUGCGUAAUCAAUUUAUUUGUGUGCACUUGUUGCAAGCUGUAUAAUUAAUAUCUGAGCAUCAAAUUAUACACCAAAGAACUCGUUGGUCUCUCCAAACAUUGGAUGUUCUUGUUUCAAAGUACAAUCUAAUUUUCUUGGAAAAAUAACGGUAAAAACGAUCAUUUAAGAUAAUAUUAAUGAUAUAUGUUUGUAGGAUCAUAUUUUGACUGCAAGGGCCUAGACGUUAAAAUCGGACAUUUCUAUGAAUAUGCUAUUUUUCUCCAUGAGCAUUUUUUCUCUAUAAAUAUAUUUUUUAUAGAAUUUUUACUAACAUUAGUGAACCUAUUCAAGAUGAACUUUUUCUACACUUAGAGUAGAGUUCUUAUCUCUUUUAUACAAGCAAUUGUUCGUUUGUAUAUAGACGCUUAGACCCUUCAGUCAGUAAUGACACAGAAACGGUGAUUUGAUAAAAUGUGAUGUUUUAUUAACAAAGUCUUUAAUAAUAUAAAAAUAUAAAUACCUCUAUAGACACAUUUUAUAUACUUUUUUUUACAUUUCUACAUGCGUACGUAUGUAAAAAGUAUAACGACUUAUUUGCUAACGAUUAAUACAUAUAUAUGCUAUUUAUGAUGAAACUAGAGCAUGUUACACCUAUAUUUUUUUAUAUAUAAUUUGUUUCUUAAAAAAAAAACUAAAUACUUGUAAUAUGUAUUAGAAAUGUUGAUUUUUAGCUGGCUUUUCUUAUUCAUCUACUUUGAUAAUCAGAUAAUAAAUAAUGACAUAUUAUAUAAAUGGAGUUUACAUAAUU